AUGAUAAUCAUUGGAAAGAAUAGUUUAAGUAAAAACCCUUCUUGGACAAGAGCAAGAUACUAUGAAGGCCUUCACAAGUGUGUUGGGCUCUAUUAUGAAAAUGGUCAGUAUUCACCCGACCAAAUUGAACAAUUGGAUUCAUUGUACAAUUCUCUUAGGCAGCAAUACACUUGGUCUUCUGCUGUCAAGAGAAUACCGCUCGACUUUCUGCAAGGUGUUAGGUUUAGAGAAGCAGCUGAAAAUUAUAUUAGGCCCUUCCUUACUAAGGGAGUUCCAUCAUUGUUCACUGAUCUUUCUCCAUUGUAUGAUCAUCCAGGAAAGGCAGACAUUCUUGAGGAACUUAUUAUUGAGCUGGAGCAUGCUGUUAAGACUUCUGGUCAAUUCCCUGGAAGGUAAGCUGUGGUAGCACUUAUUUGCAUUAAUGCAAAUCAUGUUGAAACAUUUAUACACUUUAGUGAUGCCUAUUUAUAAGAGUUGUCUUCCGGGUGUGGUUUAGUUGAUUAGCCAAUGGGUAGUGGAGCUUGUGGUUUGCUUCUUCAUGGUGUGAGGUUUAAUUCUUAACGACAAGUUAUA